GUAAAACUUUUGUUGAUACAGAGCUCAUUUUUAGCUUCUGGGAGCAGCUGGUCACUUCUGCUUUAUAAACAAACCCAAAUAUAUUGAAACACUUUACAUUAAAACCAAAUUUCAGAACAGAGACAAACCAAACUUUUUUUAAAAACACUCACCCGUUUUUUUACUUUACAAAGCAUUAUCUUCUCAAUCCAAGAUUUGCUUUUCAUAUGUAUAAAAAUACUUGGUUAGCAAGGGGGUACAGAAAUAAUAAUAAAAAAGCUACAAUAAAAGCAUUAUCAGCAUUUAAAAAGAAAUGCUAGUGGAUGUUCAAGGCAUUGAGUUACAAAUGAAGGCAAAGAUCAACCAUUGCUAGGUAGAGCCUGGAGACAUAAUCCUAGAAUCAACCCCUGCCCCCCCCAGCCCGCUUUUGCCUGAAGCUACAACUUGCCCUGGCUUCUUUGCUCCUCAAGAAGUUGAACCUGCAAGCCUGGUCAGGAUGGACGGAGGAAGAUGGACAGUUGACCUGGUCAAGCUGUCUCCUGCAUCCCUCCCUGCAACCUUUGAGCAUCCCCUCCUGGGACCCUCGGAGAAAUCUGGUGAGGAAGACGAUGGUCAGAAUUCUACGGAGCCAUCUGUGAAUUCAUUGGGAAGAACAAAGAAACAGUUUAAGUGCAGGGAAUGUGGAAUGUGCUUUAGUCACUGUGGAAGAAUGAGGAUACACCAAGGAACUCACAUGGGGGAGAAACCAUUUGAAUGCAUGGAGUGCGGAAAGAGCUUCCAUAAAAGUGGAACAUUUAGAAUACAUCAACGAACUCACACGGGGCAGAAACCAUUUAAAUGUAUUGAAUGUGGAAAGAGCUUCAGUCAUAGUGGAACACUUAGAAUACAUCAACGAACUCACACAGGGGAGAAACCAUUUAACUGUAUAGAAUGUGGAAGGGGCUUCAGUCUUAGUGGAAACCUUAGAAGACAUCAACAAACUCACACGGGGGAGAAACCAUUUACAUGUAUUGAAUGUGGAAAGAACUUCAGUCAAAGUGGAGACCUUAGAAUGCAUCAACAAACUCACAUGGGGGAGAAACCAUUUAAAUGUAUUGAAUGUGGAAAGAGCUUCAGUCUUAGUGGAAAACUUAGAAUACAUCAACGAACUCACACAGGGGAGAAACCAUUUAACUGUAUAGAAUGUGGAAGGGGCUUCAGUCUUAGUGGAAACCUUAGAAUACAUCAACGAACUCACACAGGGGAGAAACCAUUUAACUGUAUAGAAUGUGGAAAGAGUUUCAGUCAAAGUGUUCACCUUAGAAUACAUCAACAAACUCACACAGGGGAGAAACCAUUCAAAUGUAUUGAAUGUGGAAACAGCUUCAGGCAUAGUGGUCACCUUAGAAUACAUCAACGAACUCACACAGGGCAGAAACCAUUUAAAUGUAUUGAAUGUGGAAAGAGCUUCAGUCAUAGUGGAAACCUUAGAACACAUCAACGAACUCACACAGGGGAGAAACCAUUUAAAUGCAUUGAAUGUGGAAAGAGCUUCAGUCAUAGUGGUGCCCUUAGAACACAUCAACGAACUCACACAGGGGAGAAACCAUUUAAAUGCAUUGAAUGUGGAAAGAGCUUCAGUCUUAGUGGAACACUUAGAAUACAUCAACAAACUCACAUGGGGGAGAAACCAUUUAAAUGUAUUGAAUGUGGAAAGAGCUUCAGUCUUAGUGGAAAACUUAGAAUACAUCAACGAACUCACACAGGGGAGAAACCAUUUAACUGUAUAGAAUGUGGAAGGGGCUUCAGUCUUAGUGGAAACCUUAGAAUACAUCAACAAACUCACACAGGGGAGAAACCAUUUAACUGUAUAGAAUGUGGAAGGAGCUUCAGGCGUAGUGAUCACCUUAGAAGACAUCAACAAACUCACACAGGGGAGAAACCAUUUAAAUGCAUUGAAUGUGGAAAGAGCUUCAGUCAUAGUGGAGACCUUAGAACACAUCAACGAACUCACACAGGGGAGAAACCAUUUAAAUGCAUUGAAUGUGGAAAGAGCUUUAGUUGUACUGGAGACCUUAGAAGACAUCAACGAACUCACAUGGGGGGGAAAUUGUUUAAAUGUAGGGAGUGUGGAAAGAACUUCAGUCAAAGUCGACACCUUAGGAAACAUCAGCUAACUCACACAGGGGGGAAACCACAGAUGUAGGGAAUGCGGAAAGAGCUGCAGAUGCAGUGGAGACCUUAAUAUUCACAAGCAAAUUCACAUAGAUGAAAAGCCAUAUAAAUGUAUGCAGUGUUCCACUCAGUUUUCACUCUUUGCUUCAUAUAAAGAAACUCAUAAAGGCAGAAAUCAAUUUUAAAUGCAUGGAACCUGUGUGAUGUUCUGGUGUUUGUAUUGAAAUUUGUAUACAUACAUAUAUUUGUUAAAGUAAUGAGGAGAUUUCACCCCUCCCAUAUCCAAGGAUCUGCUGAUGUUCUCUGCUGAUUCUCUAGAGAGGAGGGGCGGUUUCUGCUCUCUACUUAUUUCGCUCCAACCUCACAUCAAAGAGAGAGAGACUGAGUUUUAGAGAGAGCGAGAUAAGGUUGCUGCUAAGAGCAGCUGCAGACACUCAGUGCAGUUCAGCAUUUUUCAUUUAGACCUCAUUUAGCUCUGUAUAUAGUUGUGUAUUAUAGUUGUAGAUAGAAUAAAGAAGAUAUUCUACAGA